AUGUCUUUCCGAACAGUCACGGUGCAAGGGGCUACGAUUGCGGCAGUUUCAAACAUCCUCGCCCAGGGAAUCACUGUCUACCAAAAACGAAGCCUGUCCACCCUUGACCCAGCCGCGUUCCUGCAAUUUGUCGUCCUGGCCAUCAUUUCCACUCCGCCCAACUACGAAUGGCAGCUCUUUCUGGAGAGGAAGUUCCCCAGCACAUACAAGAAAGAUAUUAGCAGGUCGCACGAGAAGAAGGACGGUGAGACCAAAGAACAGCUGUCGGUUCGCAACACGAUCGCAAAGUUCGUCCUAGACCAAACGGUGGGAGCUAUACUCAACACCAUUUUCUUCAUUGCCAUGAUCAACCUUCUAAGGGGUGUAGGCUGGAGCCGGGCUCUCACGGCGGUGGAAAAAGAUUUCUGGCCCAUGUUUAUCGCUGGCUUUAAAUUCUGGCCUUUAGUCAGUCUGGCAAAUCUGAUCUUUGUCCCGGUCGAGCAGCGCAUGCUUGUGGGGGGACUGGCUGGACUCGUCUGGGGAAUCUAUGUCAGCUUGCUCGAACUUUGA